GAGGGGGAGACGAAAGUAUGGGUGGAGGUGGUGGAGAUGUUGAGAUGGUUCGCCGGUCGACAGAUCCGAAAUGUUUCAUCCGUGGCCGGGAACAUCGUGACCAGCAGCCCCAUCUCCGACCUCAAUCCUCUCUUUCAAGCCGUCCAGUCCCGCAUCUUCCUUCAGAGCUCAGAGGGUGGUCGAGAGGUACAGAUAGAUGAGAACUUCUUUACCGGGUACCGGAGGAACAUCAUCCGACCGGAAGAGAUCCUGGUGUGGAUCGAGAUCCCUACCACGUCCCCUGAUGAAGUAUUCAAAGGAUACAAACAGGCCCGGCGAAGAGAGGACGACAUCGCUAUCGUCAAUGCUGGAAUGUUCGUCCAAUUCCAUCCUGGGUCGAGAAAGGUCAAGGACAUCCGUCUAUCAUUUGGUGGAAUGGCUCCG